AUGAACUUCACAUACCCCUAUGGAAUCCAUCAGCCUCUGAACUACUGGAAUCAUAGCUAUGGACUACACGGCGGAGGUAUGAAUAGAUCAAUGGGAAAAGGUCACACUUCAGAAGGGUGCUACGAACAACUUUUUGUCUCUCCCGAAGUGUUCGUCACUCUAGGCUUUGUCAGCUUGUUAGAGAACAUUCUGGUGAUUGCCGCCAUUGCCAAGAACAAGAACUUGCAUUCGCCAAUGUAUUUUUUCAUCUGCAGCUUAGCAGUGGCCGACAUGUUGGUGAGCGUCUCGAAUGGCUCGGAAACCAUCGUCAUCACCCUGUUGAAUAACACGGAUGCUGAUACGCAGGGUUUCGCCAUAAGCAUCGAUAAUAUCAUUGACUCCGUGAUUUGCAGCUCUUUGCUCGCGUCCAUUUGUAGUCUUCUCUCAAUAGCAGUGGACAGAUAUUUCACUAUUUUUUAUGCUCUCCAGUACCAUAACAUCAUGACGGUGAGGCGUGUUGGAAUCAUCAUAUCUUGCAUUUGGGCUGCUUGCACUCUUUCAGGCGUGUUGUUCAUUAUUUACUCUGACAGUAGCGUUGUCAUCAUCUGCCUCAUCAGCAUGUUCUUCACCAUGCUAGUCCUCAUGGCUUCUCUCUAUGUCCACAUGUUCAUGCUGGCCCGGUUGCAUAUUAAAAAGAUUGCCAUUCUCCCGGGGCCCGGUCCAAUUCGUCAAGGUGCCAAUAUGAAGGGGGCCAUCACUUUGACCAUCUUGAUUGGGGUAUUUGUGGUGUGUUGGGCACCGUUCUUUCUCCACUUGCUUUUCUACAUCUCAUGUCCCCACAAUCCAUACUGCAUCUGUUUCAUGUCCCAUUUUAACCUGUACCUCAUCCUGAUCAUGUGCAAUUCUAUCAUUGAUCCUCUAAUCUAUGCAUUUCGGAGCCAGGAGCUGAGGAAAACCUUCAGAGAGAUUACAUGCUCCUGUAGCCUUAGAGGAAUAUGUGAUUUUUCUGGCAAAUAA